AUGAGGGGUAAUGGGUUUAAACUCAAAGAGGGGAGAUUGAAACUAAACAUUGGGAAAGGGUCAUUUGCAGUGGGAGUGGAAAACACCUGGAAAAUUGAGGCUGGAAGGUUGCUCCCCAGCGGUGACAGAGCCGCAAGCUGCCUCACCGAGGUUUUGCCCAGGCCUGUUACUCCAGCCGCUGUGCGCAAGUUCCGGAAUACAACAAAUCCAGCUCCUGGUGUUGAAAGAGUAUUCUACGGCAGAGCAGACGAUCCUGAUGUUGCCUCUCACUUGACACAUGGCAUACCUUCACCUUUGUCACUAAGUGUAGCGUCAUUGAUAAAUCCACUUCCUAAAACGGCUUUUCAACAAAUGAUACAAGACAAGAAAGAAGCAAUUUACUUUAGUAAUCGUCAAGGGUCCUUGGGCAGAUCACAUGAUCAAUCUCCUAUGUUACCUAAGGGCUUGGAUGUAAUUAAUACUACAUUUGGAAUAAAAGUCAUUCGAGAUGUAUCAGCUGGAGAACUUAUAAAUCCACCAAAAACUUUUGAGGAAGUGGAUAAAGAAGCCAGAGAAGGGCAUGAUCUGUACAUUGUGUCACACAAUGACUAUUAUGUGGGAGAAGCAAUAAAUAGAAAGUAUGACUCACCAAGCUUCAGCAAAUCUUUUGCAUAUGGAAUCAAAACUCCUCACUUUAAAGAUGGACGAGGUGUAUCCAAAGCCUUAAACUGGCCCCCCGAUCUUCAGGUUGUGGCAGAAACUAUGAAUGUUCCCCCAGAGCGUGCGUUUGGAGCAGUACUCUGUCCGGAUAAAAUUGGAGUUGGUGAUCUUCUUCAGUGCUGGGUUCCAUGCGAGAUCCUGCGUGGCAAAGGCAGAGGGAUAGCUGUCUUGGCUGCGGUUCGGCAGAGCUUGAAAAAAGAUAACUAUGAACGUUUUGACAUGUUGCUAGAAGCAUUCAGGCAUUAUGAUAAGAAUGGCAGUGGAAUGAUAGACAAGAACAACCUGCUAAAGUGCUGCUUCCAGCUUAAUGUGAAUCUAGAUCAUGAGCUCCUAGAUUCCUUAUUUGACUGUUGUGAUUUGGAUAAAGAUGGUCUGAUUAAUUACCUGGACUUCAUAAACUAUCUGAACUGGAAAGACAAAAUGGCUGUUAAAGAAUUUGAAGCAAAAAUAAUUGCAAAAGAGAAAGAACUAGGUGCUCUUGUACCUGAAGAUGUAAAUGAUAAGUCACAGCUGAAGGAGGAACAUCUUGCAUUGAGAGAACUGGGAAGCUCAGAGGAGGCACCAGAAACACUUAGAUCAACAGAGGGUGUACUUGCAAAUUACCAAACAACUUCUUCCCAGUAUAAUGCUGUAGUAGGUGGUCUCCCAACACUCUGUUAUCCAGUGUGCGGUGUUCCAAGUGUUCGUUUGGAUCUUCCUGCUCCUCGGAUUCGCUGUGUCAGUGACAGAACUAAUUACGGUGAUCAGGGCAAUGCUUAUUCCUUAUUGUUCCCUUCUGUCUUCAGUCAGAAGGGAGUGCAUGAAGGUGACUUGUUUAAAGCAAGACCAAAGGCAGAGAUUGCAGAAAUUCUCCACAACAUUGGUGUGAACGUUUCAGAUGAAAGGCUGGAAGAGAUAUGGAAGCAAACCUGUAUGAAACAUCAAAAAGAAGAGGUUUCUGUAGAAAGCAUCAGGAAUGUUCUGGAUGAAAUACAUGGAUCACACACAAAACCGACUUGCUAAUUCUGAUACUGAGUACAAUAAAGGUUUUCAAUACCCUGCUCAAUAA